UUACCAUCUUCUUCAAAUAUCAAGAAAUACAACACGAAAAAAUGAUGAAAUCCAAAGGUGAAGACUUUGUGGGAAUUUCUACACUCUCUGCGAAUCCCUCCAUCUAAUCUUCAUUUGAUUUACCCAAAAUCGAUCCCUUUUUUUGGUUGAUGAACAAAACUAGAAAUGCCAACUCACCUUGUUUGCACACUCACUCACCCUCAGUAAACAAAGCUGGCAUUCAUGUAGUACUGCAUUUGGGAGGGGCCGCUCGUGUUUUGUUUUGCGUGGAGUCGUUGAUUUUGAGGGAAAUUGAUUGGUGGGAUCUUGAUUUAGCUGCUUCUUUGAUCCGGGCUGAUCGAUGGGCGGCGAGGGAUUGUGAAUUGGGCAUUGAAUUGGGGCGAAAGAUGCGCCGUCGGGCGACCGACUUUCGGCGCCCGGUUAGGAGGAGGUUUUCGUGCUGGAUCUGGGUGCUGCUUGUCUUGUUCUUGAUUGCAGGUUUUGGAUUGUUUGUUGUUCAGCAUAAUCACCGAGAUGUGGAUCGUGUGGAACAACCUGUUUUGGAGAUAAACCCACGAAUUGACAGGGCUGUUCAUGAGAACAGAAAUUUUACUGAAGAAAUAUUGAGUGCGAGAUCAUAUGCCAGACAAUUAGCCGAGCAAAUGACCCUUGCCAAAGCUUAUGUUAUUAUUGCAAAGGAACAUAAUAAUCUCCACCUUGCGUGGGAACUCAGUACAAAAAUACGAAAUUGCCAAUUGUUGCUCUCCAAGGCUGCAAAGAGAGAGGACCCCAUAACUCCAGAAGAAGCUGAACCGAUUAUUAAAAGUUUGUCGUCCCUUAUUUUCAAGGCACAAGAUGCCCACUAUGAUGUUGCAACCACAAUAAUGACAAUGAAAUCCCACAUUCAAGCACUUGAAGAGCGUGCUAAUGCAGCUACUGUUCAGAGCACUGUAUUUGGAGAAUUGGCGGCCGAAUCAAUACCCAAGAACCUUCAGUGCAUCGAUAUCAAACUCACAUCCAACUGGCUUCAGGACAAGUCGAUAGAGGAGCUUGCAAAUGAGAGGAGGAACUCUCCCCGGCUAGUGGACAAUAACCUUUACCAUUUCUGUAUAUUCUCCGAUAACCUUUUGGCUGUUUCAGUUGUUGUCAAUUCCACCAUUUCAAAUGCUGAACACCCGAAGCAGCUUGUAUUCCAUAUCGUCACGAAUGGGGUAAAGUACGGGGCAAUGCAGGCUUGGUUCCUUGGUAAUGAUUUUAAAGGUGCUGCCAUAGAAGUCCAAGCUAUUGAAGACUUCACUUGGCUGAAUGCAUCGUACUCACCUGUUGUAAAACAACUACUUGAUGCAGACCAGCGGAAAUACUUCUUUGAGAGUUUGCCAGACGUCAGCGCUGAACACAAGUUCCGUAACCCAAAGUACCUCUCUCUGUUGAACCAUCUCCGUUUCUACAUCCCAGAGAUUUAUCCUCAGCUGGAGAAGGUAGUCUUUCUCGACGAUGAUGUUGUCGUUCAGAAAGAUCUGACACCUCUCUUCUCACUGGACUUGCACGGGAAUGUGAACGGUGCUGUCGAGACAUGCCUGGAAGCCUUCCACCGAUACUACAGAUAUCUCAAUUUCUCGAAUCCACUCAUCAGCGCCAAAUUCGAUCCUCAGGCCUGUGGAUGGGCGUUUGGCAUGAACGUUUUCGACUUGGUUGGUUGGAGAAAAGAGAAUGUGACAGCAAAAUACCAUUACUGGCAGGAGAGGAACAUCGAUAGGUCACUUUGGAAGCUUGGCACUCUCCCUCCGGGGCUGCUGGCUUUAUAUGGAUUGACCGAGCCACUUGACCGGAGAUGGCACGUGUUGGGGCUGGGCUACGACAUGAAUAUCGAUAACCGGUUAAUAGAGACUGCAGCCGUCGUUCACUUUAACGGGAACAUGAAGCCCUGGCUGAAGCUGAGUAUAGGCAGGUAUAAGACUCUGUGGGAACAGUAUUUGAAUCAGAGCCACCAAUAUCUGCAGGAGUGUGUCACAAGUUGAUAAUCAUCAAGCUUUGAGUAUUGCAGGUAUUUAAUUUAAUUACUUUGAAAUGUUGAGAAAAUCGAUUGCUUUAGUGUAGCCCCACCGAAAUAGAAAAUUUUGACAUUUAUGAGGAAACUUUUUUCUUCUUACUCAUUUGAAGCUACUAUAUAUGGAACAUUUUGUCACCAUACAAUAGAAAGGAAACUGGUAACAUUAGUAGUCAGAUUUUCACUUUUGGUAGUCCAGCUUCUGCAAAUUGUACUAUCAUGGUUUACAACCUUUAAGCUUAUAUGAAGUUCUUGAUUUCCUA